AUGGAGUACGAUAUGCGAGCAACCUCUGCCGCUCCCGUCUUCGUCAUGGGCAAAGAAUCCAACAAUAGCGGAGGCACAGGCAGUCGCUUUGCCCGCGCCGUCACCAUCGUUGCUGGUGUCGCUGCUCUGGUCGCUACCAUCUUGACCUUUCUGUACCUUCUCCAGCUAUCUCUCUAUCCGCAGAUCAACAUGGCUUCAAAGGUAUGCCCUGUCGCAACUAGCCCUGGCCGUCAACCCAGCACUGACUCGACUAGCAAAAACUAUCGCAAGCCGCUGCUUCAGCGCUAUGUUAUUCGCAUCCUGAUCAUGGUACCCAUCUACUCUGCGUCGUCAUGGGCUAGUCUGGUCUCCCUCAAGGCUGCCUUCUGGAUUGGUCCCUUCCGCGAUGUCUACGAAGCCUUUACUCUCUAUGCCUUCUUCCAACUCCUGAUCAACUUCCUCGGCGGCGAACGAUCCCUUAUCAUCAUGAUGCAUGGCCGAGCACCUGUCGCGCAUCUCUGGCCCAUGAACCAUUGCCUACCCAAGGUCGACAUCUCGGACCCUCAUACCUUCUUGACAAUCAAACGUGGUAUUCUACAGUAUGCAUGGAUCAAACCUGUGCUUGCCACUUCGACCAUCAUCAUGAAGGCUACCGAUACCUACCAGGAAGGAUAUAUCGGCCUUACAUCAGGUUACCUGUGGAGUGGCAUCAUAUACAACGUCAGCAUCACCCUUAGUCUGUACGCCCUCGCCUUGUUCUGGGUCUGCAUGUCCCAGGAUCUCAAACCCUUCCGCCCCAUGCCCAAAUUCUUGUGUAUCAAGGGAAUCAUCUUUGCCUCUUACUGGCAGGGGUUCUUCCUGUCUAUCCUCGUCUGGUUGGGCGCAAUUCCCGAUGUCAACUCACAAUACUCGGCAGAUAACGUCGCUGCUGCCAUCCAGGAUGCUGCCAUUUGUUUUGAGAUGCCCAUCUUCGCCAUAGCGCAUUGGUACGCCUUCUCUUGGCACGACUAUGCCGAUAAGACCAUCUCAGAUGCUCGUAUGCCUGUCAAAUUUGCUUUGAGAGACGCUUUUGGCCCUCGCGACUUGAUCGAGGAUGCCAAGGAGACCUUCUACGGCACCAAGUACGAGUACAGAUACUUUGACGCCGAAGACAAUGUAAUUGCACACGAGCAGUCAGCUUCGCGUGCUGCCAGAAUGAGGGAAGGCAUGCGUUAUGGAAGAGGCGGCAAGGGUAAAUACUGGCUACCCGAGAGAGGUCAUGCGGAUGCAAACACGCCUCUCUUGGGCGGAAACAGUCGCGCUCGUACCAUGAGUCCUGGAGGUGGCAAGUCCCCUUCUCCACAUGGCUCGUUCCGAUAUGGUGCACAAUCACCUCCUGAAGAACCUGAGUUGGACGCCGAAGAAGAGUCGCUCUAUAGCAGCGCGAGAGCGCUGGAGUUUGGUGAUUGGAACUACCCUGUGAUCAAUACGCACUACGCCAAUAGCGAUGAUAGGAUGCGCGCUGAACCGGACAUCAUCACUGCCUCUACUAAUCGUCAACUUUUGCAACCGGGUAGCAAGAACUAUCGCGAAAGACGAAAGAGUCAGAUCCACAAGAUUCAGGAAAAUGCUCACCAAGGCAAGCACCGUGAUAGUCGCGGUAGUGGCAGUAGCAGUCGAUCCAAGGCCAAGUCAUCGAUACCCAUCAUUGGCAGUCUGUUGCGACAUGAGUCGUCCGAGUCUGCAGUGACGGUGAAGUCACACAAUAGCCAAUUGGUCGACCUCAUUGUGGAGGAUCACCAAGCAGAAGAGGUUGAGCGUGUCAGAGCGCGCAAAGAAGGUGGACCUGGAUGGAAUGAAGUGGAGCAGAAGCAUUUUGUCAAGACAUAUCCCGACGACGACAGUGCUCGAGAAGAAGUUCGCGAGGGCUACAAUCCCGAUCGUCUCGAUCAUGUUGACGAUGAUGAAGCGCAUAAUCUGAACCAGCCAUUCACAGUUGGUGAUUAUGACGAGGAUGAAGAAUCUCAAGACGAGCUGGGACAGGAUCAGCCUUGGGACAAGCGUGAUCAUUCGAGCAACGUCACGUCGCCGCAGCCAGAGUAUGGUAGUUUCAACGACGAGAGGUCAGCAUGGGGAGGACGAUAG